AUGAAGUUUCGCCGAUUUAAGAAGUUUUCGCUGCUUAAGAUUCAUGGAAGAGUUGCUGAUGAAGCUAUUAGGCUUGACAAUGGAGAUAACAAGUAUGUUGAGAGACUUUUUCAUGUGAAUAUAUCCUCACAGGAUCGGCAGCAUAAGCUGUGUGAUGUUCAUGGGGAAUACAUGAUCUUUGGAACCACCGAAAAGCUUUUCAAUGAAUAUGAGAGCGGCUGCCUCUGUAGGAUGGUACACAUCCCAAAAAAGGUAGCAUUUCUGUUCGAACAAACCAAAGCAAGUGGUGUGCAAGGACUCUGGUCUCUGAAUGAAGUCGAGGAAAAUGCCGUACGCGUCAAAGUAUAAAUAGCAAAAUUCAUUGACCUCCAAGUGCAGUAGGGCCAGCAUUUGUGUGAGUUUCUCAUUGUACUUCUUUGCCCAGUAAUUUACUUGUUCAUUGCAUUCGUUGCUUACAUCCUCAAAUCUAAACCUUGGUGCGCAUCCUAUUGGGGCUAUACCGAAAACUAAAAAUUUGCGCCCUCCAAUAUCAUAUAUACCCUGAAUUUGGAGCAUGUUUUAGAGCCAUAAAUAAUCAUAAAAUUUGCAAACAAAAAUAAAUAGUUGCUUUCAAAAGUAUAGUUUCGACUUAAAAAGCUGUACGAUUUGUGUUAAAAGUAUGACUGUCGAAUGUGAAAUUCAUCUGACAUCUCAUACACACUAGAGUUACUAAUAGAUAAUGAUUUAUGGAAAUUGAGGAUUGAAAAAUGAAUGUGAAAUAAUUGGAAAUUAUCUAACUAAGACACUCUUUUUUUUGUUUUUUUGCUUUAUUCACCUUGAGUUGUUGUUUGAGGGUGGAAACCAUUAGAGUCACAUAUUGCUGGGGAGUGUAAUCCUCCGAUGAAGCAUACAAUCCCAAUUUGAAAUGGUUAAUUAUGUCAUUGCUGCCGAUUACAAGGAGAAAGAGUGGUUUGGCCAAGUGCUUCUGCACUGCAGCACGCGACCGCAAUUCAUUCUCUAGCCUUUGGCACACGGUAGAGAAAUGUUCCACUUGAUGAGCCAUUGGGAUUGUAUGCUUCUACAGUAGUAUACACCAUACUUAAUAUUAGCUAUGAUAUAUUUAGUAACGGUAACUCAGCCAAAACCAAUGUUCUACAAUCUAAGUCAUAACUUAUUUAGUAAUUAUCAUGUUUGUUUGGGUUGGACUAAGCUAUAAAGCCCAUAGGGCAUAGGCAGCAGGUUUUCUUUUGAGAUUCAACCCUAGUCGUACCCUAUUUAAUUAUUAAUUUGUUUUGUUGGCUUGGGCUCAGCUGUAAAGUCAUUUUUUUUUUUUUAAAUGAAUAGUCAUCCUUAUAAGAACCAUAUAUGUUAUAUGGUUCUUCCCAAAGUAUAUAACUUAAAAAAUUCAAUGAGUAAUUAGAACCAUAUAUGUUUGCUAUCCUGUGAGGAAAAUAAAAUAUGAAUUUUGCUCGUUUGUAUGUUGACUUACAAUGAGGCCUUCGUCCGUGGUGUUGAACACUCCAGCUCCCCCUGAAGCAAAGCUUGCACCUUUGAGAAACACAUUGUCUGUCUGGGAAAGGUAUGGAAGGGGUGUUGGUAAUCCCAAUUUUCCGGCUGUAAAUCAUACCAUGCAUAUUAAAGAAAGAUAAUUAAUAUAAAUGCAAAUAGUAAUGCACGAGUUAGUAGUAGGACUAGAAAAAAAAUAAAAAAAAAAAAA